AUGCCAAUCUUUGCCUCGUCGUACCAGCCCGGCAGUGGUCUUCGACUGUUGGCUGCGCUCACAAAACACUGUCAGAUGGAGGCCGACACCGAAGAUAUGCUGGACUCGAGGUCUGAUUUGUAUGAUCUCAGGUGUCGAGUGAAAGACUUAGUCAAAGAAAUGAUCGCAACCAUUGGCGUCAAUAACUAUAUCUUAGGCAACAAUAUAUUGGACACAAUAAAGACCGUCAAUGCGUGGGAAAUGAUUGAAUCCAAUCUUUUCAUUAUAGACUGUAUUAUAGGAGAAAGAGAUUCCAAUGAAGACAAUCAAGUGAUAGUAGAAUUGAUUGGAUUAGUCUUGAAUUACUCGACUCUCAAUCCAAACACACAACACAUCCAAAUCUAUGCCACCAUUUGCGGCAUUUUAGGCGAACUCUCGGAAUGGCUUAAAGCAAAUCCAGUGUUUUUGGACCCAAUUCUCAAUUUCUUGCUAAAUAUGAUCGCAAAUUCGCAGAAGAAUGAAGAGUUGUCUUCAUGUGCGGCACAAUCGCUGCAAAACAUCAUCGAGUCGUGCGCUUCACAGCAUUUGGUUGGAAACGCAAACUUAGUCUCCAUUUUAAUACAAAUCUGUUGUCGAGUCGACUUCAUUAAGAACGAAGAGGCGGCCAAUAAUUUGCUCCAAUGCUGUGCAGCCAUUAUAUCGACUACUAUUCAAAAUCAGGACCAACUCGUGGCUCAGUUAUUGACACCGCAUUUGGAGAAACUUCAAGAGUUAGUGAACAGCAAAACCAAUUCAAACGGAAGCGCCGUUUACUUCGACCGAAUCGCCGCCAUCUUUAGAAAACUUCGGUUGACUCAGUCGUCACUGCAAUCUCAGCUUUUGAUCCCAUUAGUGACCGACCAGUUGUGGCCAUUGGCCAGCAUUGCCCUCACCGGACACGCGGCUACCAAUCCUCAGCUCAUAGAGCGAUGCUGUCGUUGUCUGCGAUUCGUGAUCCGAUGUUUCCGGCCCUCGUGGCUCCUCCAGCCUAUCGUCAACCAAAUCGUACCUCUUUAUCAACAGUUCCCAAAGCAUUCGUCAUUUCUAUACUUAGGAUCCAUUCUAGUGGACGAGUUCGCCAAUGAACAAGAGGUGGCCAUCACUACAGGACUCAUUCAAAUGCUUAACGAGUUCUCAAUGACAACAUUCAAGUUGUUGUGCGACUCUCAGCUCCGUCUCCAUCCCGACACUAUCGACGACUUCUUCAGACUCUGCACUCGUACUCUUCAGAAGUGCAGCAUUUCGUUCCUAACGAAUCCAAUGCUCGACAAUAUACUGAAUCUAACGCUGGCGUCCAUUCAGUUAGACCACAGAGAAGCGAACUCUUCAGUCGUGAAGUUUGUCAUUGAGUUGAUUGACAUUAAAUAUUCCAAAGAAUUGAUCGACAAAUUGCUUAAAGAAAGACUCGGCCAAAGACUGGUGGAGGCGACCAUCAAUGCGACUCUCUUUCAUUUGCCCACUUAUUUGGUUCCCGAUAUGUCUGACAUAUUAUGGAGUCUUAUAACGUGGAAUCGCAUGUUGGUGAAGGAAUGGUUGGGCAGUACAUUGAAAGCAAUUCGGGAGCAAAACCCCACCACUAUUAUGUCGGCCACUCCCGAGCAGUUGGAAGAGUUUUACAACAAUUGCUUUAAUGACAACGAAGUGACUGACGAGCAAAAGUAUGCGCCCAAUUGGGACUCAAUAGACAAGAGACCACUGCCGGGCUGGUACGACGAGGCAAAGAUUGGCAUUUUCAUACACUGGGGAGUCUUCUCUGUGCCGUCGUUUGGCAGCGAAUGGUUUUGGUGGAGUUGGAGCGGAACGCACGACAAGGCCUACAAUGACUUCAUGUCCCAUAAUUAUAAGCCCGGUUUCACUUACGCCGACUUUGCCCAUCAGUUUACCGCUGAAUUCUAUGACCCCAACCAUUGGGCAGAGAUUUUCAAAGCAUCGGGUGCUAAAUAUGUAGUACUGACGAGCAAACAUCACGAGGGAUAUACUAUGUGGCCAUCAAAGACAUCCUUUAAUUGGAAUUCAGUAGAUAUCGGACCGAAUAGAGACUUAUUG